GUUCAUCGUUCCGUUGAAACUUCAAACAAAUAUCCAUAAUUUAAGCAUUUUGCUCUUUUCCAAAGCAAUAAGAAUCGUCGAGAAAAAAACGGAUCAUAUUACGUUCCCGUUAGGUCUUGCGUUCUGUGUCACUACACGCAAAUGUAUUAUAAAUUGAUAAAUCGGUAGUCAGUGCAGUGUGCUGUUGCUCUUAAUCCUUAUAACAUCCGAUCACGCAGAUCAAUCCAAUCAAAACUAAGUUCAGUUUUAUUAAAGUUGUAAAUCGUGUUAAUUUUGUAAGUGAUUCAAACAAAAUGCAGACCAGCACCUUCAGAAAUGAUCAAAAUGAUCAACGGAAACAAGUACAGCUAUUGACACACUUUUUUGGUGAACUUAUAAACGAAGAAGAGUACGCGUUCUUGAAAAACGAUAUAAAAGGACGUGAUCUGGAGCAAUCUGGAACGAUUGUUGAUGGUUUCAAACGUAUUAUAAAAAGAAAAGGUAACUACAAAAAUGCCAAGGAAUUUUGCGAUGACAUCAAAUCGUGGACCGAAAGAUUCAUUCGUGUUGGGAAAAAAAGCAAAAAAGCAAAAGCGGCUACAUGGUUCAGAAAAACAUUUCUGGAGGAAGCUAACACCAUUGAAAUUUGCGCAGAUUGUUAUGCAUUUUGGAAGAAAGGAAACCCCAAAACUUUCUUCAAACAAGUGUGCGACAAGCCGCAUCUGCUGCUUUACGUUCAAGUGGAAGGGUAUCCCAUAUGGCCAGCAAAACUUAUGAUGGUAAAAGGAAGAAAAGCGGUCAUUCAAUGUUUUGGCGACCAUGAAGAAGCCGACAACGUGCCGUUUGAUAAAUGUUUCCUGUAUUCAAAAGAAAUUCCGGUGGACGAUUCAGUCGCAGCAAAAAAUAUGACUUCGAAGCAGAAAGGACAACUCAAACUUGGCUACAAGGAAGUCUCCGAACAUAUCGGUCUCAUCAAGCAAAAAUUCGGUUCGUUUGUUCCGGUAUCGGUAACCAAAAAACCGAUGACUAAUGUGAAGAAUCAUUUAAUUGACAUGUUCCCGGGCGUUUAUGCACCAAUACCAGCGACAUCCGAUGGCGUCCGAGCGCAAUCAAAGUCUGUGCAACGUGCAGUCGAUAAUGGAAGUGAAUCCGGCUAUUCCGACGAUAUGGACUAUCAAAAUUGGCCUGAGAAUCCAUCAACUCAAAUCAAAUUGGAGCCUUUGGUUAUACAAGAAGUAAUUCCUGCAUAUCAGGAGUUUGAUGCAGAAGAAGACGACUUGCAGGCCGAAAAUGGUGACAAUGUUCAAAAUGGCGAUUACGAUGAAAAUCUGUUGGCCGAAGCAAAUGGCGAAAACAAAAGUUGUCGAAAACGGGCGAAUUCUACUGGGGAGCAGGCAAAUUCAGUGCCAAAGAAAAAAGGCAGAGCAUCCGAAAUUGGCCAUUCAUCAGGAGCAAUCGACGAUGCCGUUAUCAUUAUUCAAGAUGAUGAAGCGAAUAUUAAUGAAAAAUUGUUCGAUGAAUAUGAAGAAAUAUUCAAAAAAAUACAGGACCUGGAGGAACGUAAAGCUUCCAUCAAAGCCAAGUUGAAAAAAUCAUCGAAUGCAAAGACAUGGCACGAAUUUGACGACAUCAUAUUAAAAAUUCAGAGCCUAAAGAAACGUCAAGCUGCCAUUAAAGACGAGCUUCCCAGAAAUUCAACGGAAAAAUAAAAAUGUUGUAGUUGUUUAAGUUAUUGAGCAAAAACCAAAAAACAUUUUUAAAAAAAUCCAUUUAUUACCUCACAGGCUAAGAUGAUUUUCAAUAGACGUUAAGAAAACUAAAUAUUUUUUUAAAUAUUUAAAUCGAUUUAAAUAGAAGAAUAGAUUUGCGGGAACUAGAUAUUUUCUAAUACA